AUGGUGACUCACUCGUCGACAUAUGAUGAGGUGUAUGUAUGGGCUACUCUCUCUCUCUCAUAUACAGACAAAGAUGAUGCAUCCAAUGGGAUAUAUCCGAUUCAAGAGGUCCUACCUCGUGAACUUUGUUGGAUGUACAAUGUCAACGUCAUCAUGAUCGGUCGCAAGCCGUCGGGCUUGUCGUCAGUGGGGCGAGCUCGAGCUGGGACGUUCAAGGAGACGGUCGGGAUGAAUUCGAGGAGAUACGCAAAAGGCAAGUUUAAGAAGAAACCUCCUCCUCGGACGAAAGAUAUUGAUCGUCUCUUGGGACGAUACGCUGUUGACAGAGUAAUCCUUAUGGAAGCGUGGAGGACUUGGAUGGGAUGUAUCCAAACCCAUCCAUCACCGGAGUAG